UUCUUAUGUUCAUAUAAGAGCCGACCCCUGCAGCUGCAGCCAUUUCUCCAUCACUCGUUCAGCGGAGUCCAGACCCGAGCAGCCAUGGGUAUCGAUUUGAAGGCCGGAGGUAAGAGUAAGAAGACUAAGCGUACUGCCCCUAAAUCUGACGAUGUUUACCUCAAGCUCCUCGUCAAGCUUUACCGGUUCCUGGUAAGGAGGACCGGAAGCAAGUUCAAUGCGGUGAUUCUCAAGCGGCUCUUCAUGAGUAAGAUCAACAAGCCUCCACUUUCUCUCUCGAGGUUGAUCUCUUAUGCCAAAGGAAAGGAGGAUAAGGUUGUGGUGAUUGUGGGUACUAUUACCGACGAUGUUAGGGCUUAUGAAGUUCCAGCAUUGAAGGUGUGUGCUUUGAGGUUCACUAAGACUGCCAGGGCUAGGAUUGAGAAGGCUGGUGGCGAGUGCUUGACAUUCGAUCAGCUGGCUCUCAGGGCUCCACUUGGCCAGAACACGCUUCUCCUAAGGGGUCCUAAGAACGCACGUGAAGCAGUGAAGCACUUUGGUCCAGCUCCUGGUGUUCCACACAGCCAUACCAAACCAUUUGUGCGUUCUAAGGGCAGAAAGUUUGAGAGGGCUCGAGGAAGAAGAAAUAGCAGGGGUUACAAGGCUUAGGUUGAUUUCAGUUAUUAACCUCAGAAUGGUUUUUAUCAUUUGUAACGCUACAAUGCAAGUUUUUGCAGACUAUAGUAUGCAGUUGCAGCAAGUUGCUUAUGUUUACUCGUCUUUGUCAAGGAUAUUUGAGCUCUAUCAACUUUGAUACCAAAGUUUUGGUUUAAAAUGAAUGUAGCCUAUCAGUUUGCUUUAGUAAAUGUCAAAAAUUAUGGGCUUGUUAA